GCCUUUUCUGUCUUUUUUGAUCUAUCGAGCUAUUUAUUGUGCGGCUGAGACUUGCUGCUGCUGCUCUUCCUCCAUCCAAAAGCAAAACAAGGAACGCAAAGGAGCUGCAAUUUCGGAACUCGUCAAAAGGACUUACCCAAGACUUUUGCUCUCGUCAUUUGCUGGGUUUUGUGUUUUGCGGCCAUGCGACCGUCGAGCAAGUCGCGCCAGAACGCGAGGCGGCUGCCUGGCGUCGUAGGAUUGGCAAUGUUGCUACUGCUGCUAUGGCAGGGCGUGCAAGCAAAGAUUGUGGAUUUUUCACACCACAACUACCAGGCACUGACAGACACCUUACAGCAGCUCCACCAGGCCUAUCCAGACAUUACGCGAGUCUUCUCCAUCGGCCAGUCCGAGCAAGGCCGCGAGUUGUGGGUGCUGGAAAUAUCCAACGAGCCUGGCAUUGAGGAGGUGCGCGAGCCCAACUUCAAGUAUGUCGGCAACAUGCACGGGAACGAAGUGGUUGGCCGUGAGAUGCUCUUGCACUUUAUCGAACACUUGUGCAGCAACUAUGGAAUUGACGCCGACGUCACCUUCCUCGUUCAGUCGACGCACAUUUUCAUCCUCCCAAGCAUGAAUCCCGACGGCUAUGAGGCUGCAAGCAUGCAGUGUGUGGGCGUCCAAGGUCGCGCCAACGUCCACGACAUCGAUCUCAACCGCGACUUUCCCGACCAGUACGUCGCCCACGCCUCGACCCCUCAGAAGGAAACGCAGCUGCUCAUGAACUGGAUUACCUCCACCCCUUUCGUGCUGUCGGCCAACCUUCAUGGCGGCGCGCUGGUCGCGUCCUAUCCAUUCGACGACACGCGCUUCGGCUACACCGGCUACUCAGCCGCGCCAGACGACAACGUCUUUCGUCGUCUCGCACUCGCCUGGGCCUCGAAAAACCCAAAGAUGGCGACCACUGUUUGCCCCGGCGACGAUAAGCCCUUCGACCAGGGCAUCACCAACGGCGCUGCAUGGUACUCGCUGACGGGCGGCAUGCAAGAUUUCAACUACCUGCACAGCAACUGCUUUGAAAUCACCGUCGAGAUGGGCUGCUGCAAGUACCCGCUCGCCAAAGAGCUGCCGGACUUGUGGAGCGACCACCUUCCGUCCAUGCUCAACUACCUCUGGCAGGUCCACACGGGUGUGAAGGGCACCAUUCGGGACGUGAGCGGCAAAGGGCUUGUGGGUGUCAGCAUCACCGUGCAAGGUAUCGACCAUGUCACCACGUCCAUUCGCUUUGGCGACUUUUUCCGCCUGCUUGUCCCCGGAGUGCAUGUCUUGACGUUUACCAUGGCUGGGUUUGAGCCCAAGUCAGUCUCAGUCACCGUCACCGACCAGCCAGGCAACUCGGUCGUUGUCUUGGACGUUGUGCUCGAGCGCGAACUCGCGACCAAGUACUACUCGUUGGAUGAAAUCAAUGCGCUCCUCGAGGACCGCGAGCAGCGCUUUGGUCUGAUUGCCGAGCUUGUGCCGCUUGGCCAGUCCGAAUUGGAAAACAUCAUCUGGGCCAUUCGCAUCUCUGACAACCCGCAGCAAGACCUCGAGCCCGGCGAACCCGUCAUCCGCCUCGUCGCGGGCUCGCACGGACUUGCCACCGAGACGCUUCUUGAUCUCAUUGUCUUUUUGACGGAUCACUACGGCACCGACGAAGCAGUCACCGAAAUUGUCGACUCGAACGUCAUCUACAUUGUUCCGCUCGCCUACCCGGACGCCUACGAGUCGGUCGUUGCUACCGCCAAGUGCACGCCCGUCGAUCCGAUUGGCUUUGCAUCGUGGCGCACCCAUGGCGGUCAAGAUGUGUCGCGCGACUUCCCAGACGAGCGCGGCACGCCGCUGCAGUAUGUCGCCCAGGGAGAGUACGAUGCUUUCGCUGCCUACACGCAGUUGGGAGAGGAGCACCCGGCGCACAUUCCGCGCCGCGAGACGCUGGUCCUACUCAACUGGAUUCGCAACACGCCCUUCACCCUCGCCGCUACGUUGCAGGCAGGCGCCUUGGUGGCCUCGAUUCCAUACGACUCGCUCGCGUUGGCCCGCAACGCGUCCACCUCCCCUCUCAACCCGACCCCAGCCGCGACCAAGGACGAAGCGCUCUUCCAGAGUCUGGCCGGCUCCUAUGCACGGUACAACCCAAGCCUCAAGUCGGGGAAACCGGAUGGCUGUGGCCACUCGUUUGCAACCUCCGGCACUGCGCAUGGCUGGGAAUGGCGCUCGUCAGACCUUCACGACGCACCGGCAGCGCACGGCCUCACUUUGAGCGACUACAGUCUGAUCCACACAUCCGCGAUCGAGCUGACAUUUGGUCUGGGCUGCUGCCCAACACCGCCUGCCUCCUCCUUGGAAAGCGUCUGGCUCGCCCAUCGCGACGGCUUACUUGGCUUUCUGCUGAGCUCGCGCAUGGGCGUGCGCGGUACCGUCCAGAACGAGAACAACGAGUACAUUCGCAACGCCCGCAUUUCUGUGGUGGGCCACGACUUUGUGGUCACGAGCUCGCAGAGUGGCGAGUAUGCUCGCAUGCUCCCGCCCGGCACAUACACUGUCAGCGUGUCUGCAGACAACUAUGAGCCGCAGAGCAAAGUGGUCGUUGUUCCUCCCUCGAGCCGGACGGUGAAGAGCUCCUCCGGCAUGUCAUUUGACGUGUACGAGCCCGUCACGCUCAACUUUGUCCUCGAAGGCGGCUUCUCCUGGGGCAUCCACGAGUACUUUGAGAUGCGCGACGGUCUCAUUGACUUGGCGCAAAAGUACUCGCACAUUGCUGGCGCCUACCCGAUCGGCAUCAACCCAGUCACCCCCGGCAACAACAAGCUGUGGGCCUUGGAGAUUACCGACCAUCCUGGCCAUCUUGACUUUGAAGAGCCGCAGGUGGCGUUGAUUGGCGGGCUUCACGGCAACGAUGCGGUCGGCCGCGAAAUCCUGUACGGCUUUGCCCGCUACCUCGUGCGCAACUACGCCACAGAUGCGCGCGUGUCCCGUCUCUUGAACACGACAGCCAUCUACAUUCUGCCCUCAGCCAAUCCCGAUGGGUUUGAUCUGGCAGAGGAAGGCCUGUGCAACGACCCCCGCGGUCAAGACGACCUGAACGGCUACGAUCUGGACCACAACUUCCCCGACCGCAUCGACGGCUCCCUCGAGGAGACGGACGUGCAGGCAGAGACGAAGGACAUUAUCGACUGGUUUACCGCGCAGGAUUUCAUGAUUUCCGUUUCGCUGGAAGGCGGCUACCUGGCAGCCAAGUAUCCUUACAACCGCGGCGACAAGGCCGACUACACUGGGUUUGGGCCGCGCAACUCGUCCAUCACGCUGGACGAUCAAGAGCUGCGCACCCUCGCUCGCGUGUAUGCCAGCAACCAUCCGACCAUGAUGCUGGCCAACAACACGAACUGCGGCUAUCCGGCGCCCGACUUGUCGGAUCCUGGCAUCAUCAAUGGCGCAACAAUGGCUCCCGAGGCGCACUCUCUCGAGGACUGGACGUACGUCUUCUCGCCGGCAGCCUUCCCGCUGGCUGUGGGCCUUGGCUGCUGCAAGUUCCCACCUCGCACGGACAUUGAACCAUACUGGAAUGAAAAUUUCGAGCCGCUGAUGGCCAUCCUCGAGCAUGCGCACACUGGCUUGAAGGGUGCUGUCGUCGACAACAAGACGGGCGACGGACUGUACCUCGCCAAGAUUGCCAUUCACGGCCAGGCCUCGCAUCCUGGCGGCCGCAUCAUUGAGACGACCGAGCUUGGCAGCUACCGCCGCCUCCUCGUCCCCGGUGUUUACAACAUCACGGCAUCGCAUCCGGACUACCUGCCAAUGACCAAGCAAGUCACCAUUGUUGCGGGCCCUGCCACAGAGCUUUUGUUCAAGCUGGUGCAUCGCGAUGACUCCAAUCCGUCCAACCCCGAGCAGCCUGCUGCUCCCGACCUCCAGCUUUUCUACCACGACAACCCCGCCAUGUUUGCUUGGCUGCAGUCGCAGGCGGUCAAGCACCGUAGCAUUGCAAAGCUGCUCACCAUCGGCUACUCGGUUCAAUUGCAGCCCCUCUACGUCAUGCGCAUCACCCAAGACGUGUCGGUCGAGCAUACUCUCCGCCCCAAAGUUCGCAUCGUGUCCAACGUGCACGGGAAUGAGGCAGUUGGCCGGGAGCUCGCCUUGAAUUUGAUUGAAUAUCUCCUGUUCCACUACGCGAAAGACCCGGACAUUACUGCGCUGAUCGAGUCCACCGACAUUUACAUUAUGCCAUCACUCAACCCGGACUCUUACAACGAAACAGUCAGCCGAGGACAGUGUCUGGAAAAGCAAACAGAUCCAUUCGACGAUCCAGUAUUCUCUCGCGGCGACUGGAAUGCAAACGCGGUGGACUUGUACGCUGGCUUCCCGCACGUGCACGGCGAAGCAAAUCCUCCAGCAGACGGCGUCAUCCCAAUCCUUCCGUCAUUCCUCUCCACCCAAGGUCGCGAGCCAGAGGUGGCUGCGUACAUGAACUGGACGCUAAAGCACUCGUUCGUGCUGUCCACCGUGCUGCGCAGCGGAGCCUUGGUGGCCGUCUAUCCAUUUGACUCGUCCGAGCCCCACAAGCACGGGCUCUUGGCGCCCACAGACGACGAGGAGGUCUUUGAGUCUGUGACGCGCACGUACGCGGCGACGCACCACUCCAUGUCGCGAGGCGACUCAUGCUCGCAUCACGCAACCUACCCUGACGGCAUCAUCAACGGCGCCACCUGGCGUGAAACGAACGGCUCGAUGCUCGAUUGGUCGUACGUGGUCGGAGGCGUGCUCGAAACCGCCAUCUACGUGGACUGCUGCCGCUUCCCCAAGCUCGAAGAGCAAUUGAUGGUGACGUGGGAGGCGAAUUUGAAUCCGCUGCUCAGUUAUCUGCACCAGGCGCAGCGAAUGGGCAUCAACGGCAUUGUGCUCGAGUUCCGCAACGGCGGUCUUGUCGGCGUCCCGAACGUCGAGGUGCACAUUCUCGGCAUUGCGCGCGUGAUUAAAACGACCUCGCUCGGAGAUUUUUGGUGGCUGCUGCCUGCCGGCACGUAUAAUGUCACGUUCUCUUUGCCCGGCUAUGUCAUCCACACGCAAGUUGUCCAGGUGCAAGGCAUGGAGCACAUUCGUGUGCUGCUCGAGGCUCCCGUUGAGGAGGAGGAAGAGACGCUGCUGUCCAACACGACUGUGGUGAUGAUUGUAAUGGGGUGCGUGAUUGCAGUCGUGCUCUGCGUCGUCGGCUUUGUCCUCUACCGCGUGUACAAGCGGUACGCCGGCUUUUCGCUCCUUCAGACGCCCGAGCAGAUGGGCGAAGACGAUGAGAGCGACGACGACGACGACGACGACGAAGAAGAAGGCCACGAGAAGGUGUCCAAGCGGCGACGACAGCAUCGCUCACGCAGACGUCACGGCGGUCGUCCCGCAAAGGGUCUGCAAGACAAGGAGGUGUUUGACGACGACGACGAUGUCGACACGGCCGAUUCUAAGCGCGAGGCAGCACGAGGGGACGACGCGGAAAACGUCAAGCCCAAGAAUCGUCAUUCGUCGUCACGCAGUGUUCAACAACGGCGGCCCCAGCACAACGACAACGCCACAGACGACGACGACGAGGAAGAGAUUGACGUCUUUGAUGCUCGCCGUGACGUAGAGAAAGGCAAUUCUCUGCCCAUGAAGCGGAUGCGGUAGACAUGCAUAGUUUAGAUUGUUUGUGAUUUUUGAGGAACUUUUUGAUUUAUUGUUUUUUUAUUCUGCUAUUGCUGUGAUGUUCUGUGUGAAAAAAAAAAAUCUGUCGACUUUGUUAUUCAAUGCUUCAUAUGGACUUCUGUUGACUGUCGUUGAUCGGCUUUGG